AGCUAGCCAUCCAAUAAGGGUGAUGUAUACUUUCUAACUAUGAAGAAAUCUUAAUAUCAUUUUUCAGGUUGUAAAGCAACUGGAGUAUCUCUGAUCAUAGCUUAACAAAAAAGAAAGGGAUCAAGAAAAUGUUUUGCUGAGAAACCCUACAGUUGCAUGUGUACAUAUAUAUGUGUAAGGUCGGAACAUAUCUCCCUCACUUGCAACCUUAACCAUUUCUGUCUAUACCAGGAUGAAUUCUAGGACAACAACAUCUUGUUUCCUUUUUCACAUGUUGACGAUACUUUCACUUCUUUGUUCGGCAAACUCAUCAAGGAAGCUGUGGCGAGAGAAUAGCUGCAACAUGUACCGAGGGAGCUGGGUUCAUGACAUGUCCUAUCCUCUCUACGAUUCAUCUGCCUGCCAUUUUAUUCGAAAAGAAUUUGAUUGUUUAACGUAUGGUCGCCCUGAUCACCUCUAUCUUCAAUACAGAUGGCAGCCCAAUGACUGCAACUUGCCGAGGUUUGAUGGUCAAUAUUUCUUGAAGAAGUUAAAGGGGCAGAAGGUUAUGUAUGUGGGGGACUCUCUUAGUCUAAACAAUUUUCAAUCGAUGGUAUGCUUGCUCCAUGCAGCUGUGCCUGAUUCCAAUAUCACAACAAAUUCAAAAAAGUCUGUUACCACAGUGAUAUUCCAGGAUUAUGGAGUGUCAGUGAGUCACUUCCAGUCUCCAUACUUAGUCGACAUCGAAAAAGAAGAAAUUGGCAGGGUCUUGAAACUUGACUCCAUCAAGGAUGGCAAAACAUGGAAGGAUAUUGAUGUUCUUGUUUUCUACUCUUGGGGGUGGUGGUACCGAGCAGGACCUCAGCAGCCAUGGGAUUAUAUUCAAGAAAAGAAGACCAUAGUUAAGGACAUGAAUCGUAGGGUUGCUUUCCACAAAGGCUUAACAACAUGGGCAAAGUGGGUUGAUUCGAAUGUUGAUACAAAUAAAACUACUGUUUUUUUUCAAAGCAUUUCUCCAUCUCAUUACAAUGGCAGGGAAUGGAAUAAGCCGGGAGUGACAGAUUGUGCAAACCAAAGAGAACCAAUGAGUGGAUCAACUAAUCUUGGUGGUUCACCAUUAGCAUUGCAAAUAGUGGAAGAUGUGCUAAGCACUAUCAAGAAACCUGUACAUUUUCUCAAUAUAACAGCUCUCUCACAGCUAAGGAAAGAUGCACAUCCUAGCUCUUAUAAUGGUGUUAGGCCAAUGGACUGUACUCAUUGGUGUGUUGCUGGACUCCCAGAUACUUGGAAUGAACUUCUCUAUGCAACUCUUAUCAAUCAGAAAUGAAGAAUCAUGAAAUUGAUUACAU